AUGACUAUCCCGGUAAUCGACGCCUCCGCUCUUGCUAGCGGAGAUAAAGAGAAGCUCGUUGAGUUUCGAACCAAGCUAUUGAACGGGCUGUCAACAUAUGGCUUCGUUAAGUUGAUAAACCAUACUGUUCCCGUUCCACUAGUGACGGAAACAUUCGAUCAGAUCAAAAAGUUUUUCCGGCUUCCACUGGAACUCAAACUACCAAUCGCAAAUACACAAACAGAUAAACAGCAGCGAGGAUGGUGCCUUCCUGGAGAAGAGAAGACUUGGUAUUUGGAGUCAAACAAACUGGGCAUUAAGGAGAAGGAGCCCAAGUUUAGCGACAGCAAAGAGAGCUUCGAUUGCGGUCAUCCUAAUGACAAGCUGUAUCCUAACAAAUGGCCUUCCACUGAUGUGCUUCCGGGCUACCAAGACACACUGGAAGGUUUCUUUUACUCGUCUGGAGAUCUCACUCUCGUCUUGCUGGAGUUGAUAGCUGAAGCUCUCGAGCUCGAUCCCACCAUUUUUACUAGUCGCUGCACCAAUGAGGCCAGCACAAUUCGUAUCAAUCAUUUCCCUCCAGUCGAUCGAGCGAUCUUAGAUCGCGGUGAUGUCAGCCGUAUCUGGCCGCACAAUGACUUCGGCAUCAUUUCUCUCGUUUUCCUAGAUGUCGUGCAGGGAUUGGAAUACGAAGACCGCAGCAACCCUGGCACCUUCCUUCCGCUACCAUAUGAAUCGGACCAAGAAGUGGUAGUGAUUGCUGGCGAAACACUACAGCGCUGGACAAAUGGACUUAUUCGCGCCGGCUUGCACCGGGUCAACAGGCCGUUAGACUUUGAUGGCGAUCUCGUACCAGAGAGAUGGAGUUUAGUUUAUUUCAAUAAGGCGAACAGAAACGUCAAUGUCGGUCCGCUCAAGGAGACCACCAUGAUCACCACGAAGCUUGUUGGGUUUAAAGUCCAGUAG